CAAUCAGGAUGGAGCUUCUGGUCCACCAAGAGGGUCCUUUUCCUCUUCUCAGAGGAUCUUUUUCUCAGAGUUGGGCUGCACCCUGACUCACAAGCCCUUUUUUCCUGUCCUCAUUCGGCCUUGGGAUCUUUCCCGUUACUCUUCUUUGCCUUCUCAGGAGACAGCAAGUCCUAGCCUUAUGGAAGCUGCUAAGAUACGGGAGACUCAGGGAAUACUGGCUGACAGUUAGCCAUUCAUUCCUAAUAGUCAGUCCUCAAAUGCUCAGAGAUCUGCAGAAUAUGGCUUUUAAAAUGAUAAUCAAAAAAGAUUAUUAUAUCAGACAGAGACUUCCAGAUUCUAACAGUGACCCAAGGUCUCUGAAGAAGAUGUCUUCAUCUGGAUGAUGGCAACACUGACCUCUGGGCAAAUUGCCUAAAUGUGACACCUGCUGCCAGGACCUGACCCAGACUGUGGACAAACAGCAGGACAUCGGGGAAUUGAUUGCACCCCUUUUGCCUAGAUAAAAUAAAGUCAGUCUUUCCUAUGUCCCUCUUCUAUGGGAAAACUCCCACCUCAUGGUCCUGGAGGGCUGAAGAUUGAUGCUCUUCUGAUACUUCUGCCAAUGAUAUGGAGACCAGGGUAUAGCUAACUGGAUAUGGACUGAUCCCUGUCAUUUUUAACAGAUUUGAAAGCUGCUUGGUCUGCACUCAGGUAUGAUUUAUCCUUCUGGGAUCUCCGAUUCCAUCUGAUGACCAGGCUUUGCUUCAGCUGCCUUCUCAGUUCCCUAUAUAACACCCACAGGUCCCCCUCAACUAGGAAUGUAACUUUUUACUAUGGACUGCUCUCUGUAUAUCCUGGUUUGUUUAAAUGAAGAUAGGAAAGCUGUCUCACUUCUUAAAUUUAUCCUUCUAAGAUCUGAUGGUGUUUGAUGACCCAAGACUACAAGCACCUUGAUAGCUCAUUAAUAAGUUUCCUGUUAAAAAUCUAUUCCAGCUGGCUUACAGAUACCUACAUAUCCCUGGGAAAAGUUCUGUUACUGCAUCAAAAAAUCUGGUCUGAUAAAAAUUAACAGUCUUCAGAGACAUUUUGACCUCAGCCAUUUUCAAGCAUAUUUUGCAGUUUCCUUCUCCUGCCUGGGCCAAGGGGCUUUCCAGAUACACCAGCUAGCACCAGCUCCAAGGUGCCAACUCCUAACCAAGGUGCCAACUGGGAUGGAUGCACCCCACCUCCAGAGAAAUGGCAGAUGUGAUGGCUCCUGCACUCCUAAAGAACACAUCAUCCUUCAAUUCACUGCUGGUGCCACCUCUCCAGGCUCAGGCAGGCACCUGCCUAGCAACUGGAACCUGAUUUUCCAAGAUGUCCCAAUGAAGGGCGUACCUGUUCUCGUGUCUCACUCAUUCACUCUUGCCUCUUCUGUACAACCAGGGCACUUCUCUGUUCCAUUCUUUCUGGCAGUUAUCAUUCUUCCCAUGACUAGCCCAGCUCAUAAGGCCAAUGAUGACAACCUAUUUUUUUCUCCUAGCAACUUCAAGGAACAGACACCUGAGAUCUCCAUGAUGACAGCUAACUAAAUGCUUCUUCACUCCCACCUCCCGCCAUGCAUGACUCCUGGUUCCCCCCUCCCCACUUCGCCCUUUGUCAGCUUGAAGUAGCCUCUAGAAUCAGCACCCUUGUUCCCCCACUUGCUUCCAUAACUCACCUCUUUUAUAAUAAUCAAACUGGAGGAAUGUUAAUAUUCUGACCUUGAAAUCCCACCCCCUCGGCACUGCCCUGUGUCCUGAUGUAAAAGCCUCAUCUAGAGGGACCUUUCUCCUUGGCCUAUGGGCUUGAAAGCACACAGAAAGGGGGCAUGCUCUGCCUACAGUUACUGUCCAUGGUGCCCACAGCAGAUCCCAGCCCCUGGAGUUGACAGAGCUGAUGAAGCUACCAGGCACCAAGGCCUCAGAGCAUGUGCAGUCUAGAUGUAAAAACCUGCAUGGCGUGCAUCUGCCCAGCAUGUUUCCCUGCACUCACAGGAUACCCUUGGGGUCUCACCCUCCCUGCGCAGUAAUUCAUAACAUUGCCUGCCUCUGCUUUCCUAAUGCUGGGAUUAAAGGCAUGAACCACCACUGCCCAACUUCACUAUACCUAUUUUUUUUUUCCGAGACAGAGUUUCUCUGUGUAGCUUUGGAGACCAGGCUGGCCUCGAACUCACAGAGAUCCUCCUGCCUCUGCCUCCCAAGUGCUGGGACUAAAGUUGUGUGCCACCACUCACUAUUCCUAUUUUUAAGAGCUUUCUUAUGUUUAUUAUUCAAGGCUUACCGCCUAUGUCACUGGGUAGAUUUGUCUCCCCCGUGAAAGCUUGUAUUUUCCCUGUGUAAAUGGAAAGAGCAAACAAGAUGGAAUAUGGAAAACUGCUCAUGAGCCACUGUUACUGUACACUCUGGUCUCCUGGGUAUGAACUGCUCAGGUGGCUCUAACUUCAGAAGGUGUGGAAGCAGAUAAAGAGUGACAGAAUUGACUAAGCUGGGUUUGAAGGCUCACAUCUAGAGUUCUGGCAUUCCCAGCACUCUAGAGGUUAAGGCAGGAGGACUGCAAGUUUGAGACCAGUCUGGACUAUAUAGUGAGUUCUAGCCUAGGUUGGGCUAUGUAUCAAGACCCUGUGUUGAAAAACAACACAAAACAAAAGCUGUAAAGGUUGAGUUACCGCCACUUUGGAAGACAGUUCGGAGCUAUCUUACAAAACUAAGCAGAUGAUCAGCAGUUGCAGUCUCAGGCAUUUAUCUAAAGGAGUGGGAAGCGUAUGUCUGCAUAAACACCUGAGCACAGAUGUUCACAGCAGCUUUAUUCAUAAUUGCCCAAACCUGGAGUCACAGAAGUUCUUCAGUAGGUGAAGGAUAAAUAAACUGAUGCUUACAGAAAACAACAUUAUUCAGCACUAAAAAGAGUUUGCUUAAAUGCUGUUAUUAAAGAAAUGCCCAUAAAAAGUGGCUAGAUACUUAUUUUUUAUUUUGAUCACAGGACAUACUGGAAGGCAGUAAAGAGGUCAGUGUCUGCCAGUGCUUGGUGGAGAAGGAGGGAUGAAUACAGUAAAGCACAGGACUGUUAGGGCAAUAGACAAUUCUGUGUGAUGUAAUAUCAAGGACAUGCUAUUAAACAUUCAUCCAAACCCAUACAGUGGAUAACAGCAAGAGGGAACCCUAAUAUAAAGGAUGGCUUCUGGGUGAUAAAGCUAAUGUAUCACACUGUAUGUCUGUCAGAGACUUAACUGGUAAUGUUGAUGGGGUGAGGAGGGGGCUACUCACAUACAAGGCUGGGAGGGUUAUGGAAAAUUACUGUGCAUUCUACUUAACUUUUUUUUUCUUUUUGAGACAGGGUCUUACUACGUAGCUAUGGCUAGCCUGGAACUCACUGUGUAGUCCAGGAUAGUCUUGAACUCAGAGAUAUCUGCCUCUCAAGUGCUGGGAUUAAAGGUGUGCAUCACCAUAUCCAGCUACUUAAUUUUGAAAUAAGCUUCAACCUCCUGUAAGGGUAAACUCUUAUAAACAUUUUAAAAGAUGGAUGAACUACCAAGGAAUGAUAAAGGAUGUCAGGCUUGCCCCAGCACAAUCCGGCCAGUGUCUCCAGACUGAGCCCUCCUGGUGCUCUCAGAGCUGACUCCUAGGCUCUCAGCCAGGCUCCUAAGCACAUAGCAUGUAAGUCGUGCUCACUUUUACAGGUCUACCCUGCCACACUUGGUCCCACUCUCUUCCCCAGUAAAACACAAUGACUUAGAAUUCCAUUGCACACCUAUCUCUAAAUUCCCUCUUGUGAGCAGGCCCUGAGCAGGCCCUGCCCACCUCAUAUCCUUUACUUGGCUAACUUCUUUAUUUCCUUCGCUAAUUCCCACAGACAUUUACCCUAGUCAUAGAUAAUGUUAAAUAUUUGGGGAGAGUUGUUUUGUCUUUAUCCUGAUUAUAAUCUAUGAUCCUAACAGACACAGUUCUAGGUCCUGGGGGGUUUAUCAAUAAAUGAAACAGACAAAAACUCCUGCCCUUGAGGAGCCUGCAUUCUAGAGGGACCUUUCUCCUUGGCCUAUGGGCUUGAAAGCACACAGAAAGGGGGCAUGCUCUGCCUACAGUUACUGUCCAUGGUGCCCACAGCAGAUCCCAGCCUCUGGAGUUGACAGAGCUGAUGAAGCUACCAGGCACCAAGGCCUCAGAGCAUGUGCAGUCUAGUACAAUCCAUUUGGCAAACACCACAGUGGCAUGCACUGGCAAGGAGAAGGAUACCUGGGCAGGCAGAGAGGCCAAGGAGUCCUAGGAUUCACAGAAGAGUGGGCACAAAGUUACUGUCCUUGAUAUCUUCCUUCCUAAUUACCCCUUGUUAUCUUCCCUGAGGCAGAUUAACAUCCCCACACACCUUCAUAUUACUGAAAGAGGACAUUUAAGAAAGUCUAGUAUGGAGUGGGAACCAAACUUGAUUGGGUGUCAGACUGGUCAGCACCUGAGAAGCUAUUUUUCACAAGCUCUUUGGAUCAUUCUGAUAUAGUCAACUACACAGCCUCCAUUUCCUUCGGGGCUCUGGCCAAAUCUCAUCCUGAUAAGUAUUUCCCAAACCAGACUUCUGCCUUAAAGAAAAAGAUUACGUGUACGUGUGUGCGCGCACAGGUGCACCUGUCUUAAGAAAAAGAUUACAUGUAUGUGUGUGCGUAUGUGAGUGCAGGUACCUGUGGAAGCCAGAGGUGUUAGAACCCCCUGGAACUGAAGUUACAGGUGGCUGUGAGCUGCUCGACACAGGUGCUGGAAACUGCUAAGGUCCUCUUUAAGAGAUGUGCUUUUAACCACUGAGCUAUCUCUCCAGCCCUGUUUUGUCUUGUCUUGGAGAUAGGGUCUCUCUGUGUAGUCAGGCUGGUCUUGAACUGAUCUUCCUGCCCCAGGCUCCCAAGCUGGGACUCCAGGCUUGCACAAUCACACUUUUUAAUACAACAUACCCCAUCUUUAUCCUUCUUAUCCCCAUUUACUUUGAUCCAUGCACUUAGCUCCAUCUGCUCUGAGUGACAUGCUAAAUCUGACUCAGAGGCUCAGGAAGUCUACCCCUCCAUGUUGAGAAACUCUUCAAGCUGGUUCUUAAGUGCAGCCAUCAUCAAAGGUUAAAUGACUAAACUUAUAAUUACAUGACUGAUACUGAGCACACACAAAGGUAAAAAUGCUCAUGCUUGUCACUUUCUAACCAUGAAAGCCAUCGUUUAUAUGUCAUCCUGAGAGUCUUUACCCUGCAGACCUGCAGAGCAGUAGAUAAGAUGUAUAAAGGCAUGUUCCUGAGUAUUUUCUCUCUACUCUGAGUCCAGUGACACCAACUACUGAGUUGAAAUUAACUUCAGUAGGAGUAUUUCACUGGAGAGGUAAGCAUGACAAAGUGGGUUUAAGUGUAUUGUUUUAUUGAUUUGGCCCCGUUGGCAUGGGCCAAAUUCAGCUCAUCAGCUGUAUUUGUAAAUAGUUUUCUUGUAGUAAGACCAUGUUCAUUCACUUAUGUACUGUGGGUGUCUACUUUAUACACAACUAAAGUAGGCAGUUACAACUAUAGCUGAAAAGUCCUACAGUAGUGGCCCUUUACAGAAGAAAAUGACUGGCCACCGGUCUGGCCUUCAGAAAGUAACUGAAAGGCUGGGCAUGGUUGGACACACCUUUAAUCCUAGCACCCAGGAGGCAGAAGCAGCAGAGCUCUGUGAGUUAGAGGUCAGCCUGGUCUAUAAAGCAAGUUCCAGAACAGCCAGGACUGUUACACAGAGAAACACUGUCUCAAAAAACAAAAAACAAGCCGGGCGGUGGUGGCACACACCUUUAAUCCCAGCGCUCGGGAGGCAGAGCCAGGCGGAUCUCUGUGAGUUCGAGGCCAGCCUGGUUUCCAAAGCGAGUUCCAGGAAAGGCGCAAAGCUACACAGAGAAACCCUGUCUCGAAAAACCAAAAAAAAAAAAAACCAAAACAAAAAACAAACAAACAAACAAAAAAGGGUGGGGUGGGGUGAGGGGAGAAAGAAAGAAAAUCCUGGAGCAAACACUGGUAAAGCAAAGCCAGUCAGGUCAGUGGAGGAUGAGAGAAACCUUCAGCAUUUGUUGUUCGACAUCUUCAUUUUCUGACUCUUCAGUUCGAAUGCAAACACCAACACUUCUGUGGGUACCUCAUUUGUUUAGACAUAACCACAUCCCAGCCAUACACAGGAAGAAGACUUAGGCAAGAUAAAAGUCUAAUAUAAACAUCAGCUGAGUUGUGACACAACUUAGUGAGGACACUAAGGAAGGAGGACAAGUGUGAGGCUAACCUGGGCAACACAGCAAGACAAUUCUUUCAAAAACAAAACGGGCAGGAACAAUGGCUUAGUGGUUAAAAGCAUGUACUGUUCUUGCUGGGUGGUGGUGGUGGUGGUGGUGGCGGUGGCGGCGGCUGCUGCGGCACGCCUUUAAUCCCAGCAACUGGGAGGCAGAGGCAGGCGGAUCUGUGAGUUCGAGGCCAGCCUGGCCUACAGAGCAAGAUCCAGGACAGUCACCAAAACUACACAGAGAAACCUUGUCUCAAAAACAAAAAAACAAACAAACAAAAACAAAAACAACAACAACAAAAAAGCAUGUACUGCUCUUACAAAGGACCCUUGGUUUCCAGCACUCAAGCAGAUCAUAACUGCCUGUAACUCCACCUCCAAUGGAUGACACUCUCUGGUCUCUGCAGGCACAUCCACCAGCACACACACACACACACACACACACACACACACACAAUUAUUUUUAAACAAAAUAAUUGAUUUUUUUAAAACUCAAAACAGUAACUGAAGGAUAAAAUUUAUACUAAAGAGCACUAUAAGAUUAUCAGAUUAUUUCUAGAUUUCCACCAGGAAAACUUUUAAUAAGCACAUGUACUAUUUGAGGCUAUUUGCCUCCACUAGAGUGUAAGUCAGUUCACAGCCAUGUCACCCUAGCUGUGCCUGAUCUCAUCUGAUGGAAGCUCACUUUGUUCUAGGAAUUAUAAACAGCACCUAAUGAAGCAGGUGCCAGGCAACGUAUGUGAUGUGGCUGAAUAAAGGAGCAGUUUGGGAACUCCAGUUUUCAUGAAUUGACUUGUCAGACCUACAUUAUAUUCUGAGCUCUACCACCAACCAGCCGUGUGAACUGGGCAAAUCAUGUAUCUUUUAAAAUCUUAGCUUCUUCCUCUAAAAGGAGGCAUCCACCAUCUUACCUCAAAGGUUGUGAUCAUGUACACUGCUGCCUGUUACCUACUGUGUUUCUCCUGAUGGGAGUGGCCUUCUGACCCUCCAGAGAUACAGCCCUGAUGCUGUCACACAUUUCAGUGAUGUCACAGCUCCCCUGCCUGGCAGCUCCAGCACCAUCAUAUGUUACUCAGCCCAAGUGCUGGCUGAAGUGAGAGGGGCAGGGUGCAGGCAGUGCUGGGUCCAGUCUCGCUCCUCCGGCCCCAGCAUGAGCCCAUCUAAAAAGAAGAGGCCCAAGAAUAGAGUGGUUUCCAAGGUCAGACUUUGUACUGGAGUCCAGGCAUAGGAUGGAUCCUACCAGAGGAUCCAGUCACACCAAGGACAGGCUUUUGAGCCUUUCAGAAAAGGGAAAGGUGAAGGGUAAAAGGAGGCCAGCAGAGUUAAAAUGGUCUCAGGGCAGAGUUAAAAUGGUCUCAGUUCUGUUCUAAAACCAAAGUGACAAGAUUUCCAGUCUAGGAUUGGUCAAACCCUGCUCAGCCCAAUGGGAGAGACACAGUAUAAGUCAUGCAAGGGGAUUCCUUCUAUGCUAUUCUCCCUCUCUUCCUAUCCCUCAGAUGCAAGAUAAGAAACUGCAGGACAAGAUAAAUCAGCCUGUCAGCAAACUAAUUGAGCGGAACCGACUUAAAAUGGUAUUAAAAAAAUUGUCCCUCUUGAAGUUACUCAAGAGCUCGAAUAGCCGGAUCCAAGAACUGCAUAGCCUGGCCAGAAGGUGCUGGAAUUCAAUGCUCAGAGUUCCAAAGAUCCUCCAGAUCUCCUCUAGGGACACUGAUGUCUGCAAGAAAGGGAAACAAAAUAAUGAAGAGCUCCAAGGGAUUAGGGCCCUUGAGAAGAAACCGGAAUCUAAGAAAGCAAAAUCCAUAGAGGAAUCUAAGGAAAAAACGUCCAACCAAAGGUUGUCCAACCAAAGGAAGUCCAACCAAAGGUCAAAGGGGUCACUUGCAGUAGUGCCACAGAGAAAAAAGCAGGCAAAGUCUAAAGUCCCCAAGAUAUCCAAGAGUUGUGGCUUGCAUACCAGAGCCCAGAAGAGGAAGCCACAUGUUAAGAAGCCCAGAAUUGUCUUCCUGAAGACCUACCAUCACAGAGCUCCCACGAUGAACAAGAAAGCACUGGACGUAACUGACCAGUUAGUCUGGUUUGAGGGGCUUCCCACACGCAUCCACCUCCCGGGGCGCCGGAUCAUGUGCAGAUCGUCUACCCUACGCUGCGUCAAGCGUUCCUGUACCCGUUUCUGCUCUGCGUCACUUUGAGCUGCCUAUGCACCAUCCACAUGAGGUGGGUAUGACAGCACCACUGCCAGGCCAGGGAGAGGCAGCCACUCAGCUAGGCCCACAUCUGAGCCCCAGACUCAGGGCUUUGGGUCUCGAUGACCGU